CUUCCUUCACUCCCUUUGCCUUGUCAGUUUGAGUGUGAGUCACUUGGCGCUCUUGCUCAGAUUCUCGUCACUGAAAAGCAGAUGAAGUUCAGGAUAAGUACAGUGCAACAAUUUCAAGUGUCUGGAUCCUCUGACCAGGACAAAAAGAGCUCGAGAGCACCGUCCUCUGGCCAAAAAGAAGACAUCCAAGGAUUCUGGUGGAUUACUGUGUCAACUUCAUGUAAUCCUUCCCUUUAUUCAAGGAGCGCAGACAUUUCUUUGUGUACCUUUUCUGUGAACUCUUCACAGCACCUACCGCCAAAAGCAUGUCAACAAAAAUGACUUUAUAGCCACUGACUGCACUGCAUUCAGAAUAAAUAAAAGCGACAUAAAGCAUGGAGGCUUCAAGUGCUGCUCAUGCAGGGACUUCCCCCUCUACACCCAUAUUCCCCAUCUCCCCUACUCCCUCCUAUCACAGCUACUUGCAGUUCUUCUGGGAGUACCAAGACAAUUCUGUCCUUGUGGAGCAUUACAACUACACCGACAAGCUGCAGAAAGACCGCUACCGUGAAGGGCUCAAACCUGAGGGCAUAGCAUUCCUGGUGGUGUGUCUCCUCAUUGUCCUGGAGAACGCUGUGGUUCUCAUUGCCAUUUGGAGGAACAAGAAGUUCCACCUGCCCAUGUAUUACCUGCUGGGAAACUUAACUCUGUCUGAUCUGCUGGCCGGGAUUACGUACAUGGCCAACAUCAUCAUGUCUGGACCUAAUACUCUAAAACUGACACCAUUGUUGUGGUUCAUCAGGGAGGGAGGAGUCUUCAUCACUCUGGCUGCCUCCGUAAUUAGUCUGCUAGCCAUUGCAAUUGAACGCCAUGUUACUAUGGUGACUAUGAGGCCAUACCAUGGAGCAAAGCGGGGACGAAUGCUGGCACUGAUUGGUGCAAGUUGGGCCCUGGCAGGGUUUUUAGGAGUGCUCCCAAUUUUGGGAUGGAACUGCAUCCAUAGACUGGACCAGUGUUCAAUUGUGCUCCCUCUUUAUGCAAAGAGCUACAUCCUCUUCUGUGUUUCUGUGUUCAGUGCAGUGCUCCUGGCCAUUGUGGUCCUUUAUGUAAGAGUUUUCCGCAUUGUCCGCUCCAACACACAGCGUCAGAGGCUGGGUCUUUCGGGCAGCAUGAGGAAGGGCUUAGCAAGGAAGUCACAGAAGUACAUUGCCCUCCUCAAGACAGUCACCAUUGUGCUAGGCGUCUUCAUUGCCUGUUGGCUGCCCCUCUUCCUCCUCCUGCUCUUGGAUUUUUUCUGCCCCACCCGCAGUUGUCGCCUGCUCUACAAGGCUGAUUACUUCCUGGGAGUAGCCAUGGUCAACUCGCUCCUCAACCCCAUCAUCUACACUCUGACCAGUAAGGACAUGAGGAGAGCUAUUCUGAGGCUGCUAUGUCGGCCAUGUCUGAUGACCAGAGACGGCAAGGUGAAGAAGAUUGGGAUGCCAUUCCUGGAGUGCAGUUUCAGUAAAACUGAGGUGGCGUCCCAGAAGCUAGAGGGUGGACUGGAGACGACCAUUUCCUCUGGGAACGUUAUCACCACUCCAUCUCCUAUCAAGGCCCUUUACCCCAAACUCUUCAAGUCAUAAGGACUGACUGAGUUCAUAAGUGUGUGAAUGUGUUUCCACUGAGAGGACAUGUAGCACAUCUACAGCAAAGAAGAAGUUGUGGUGUUCUCACCUUUACCUGUAAGACGUGGUGCGAUUACUACAAUAUAACCACAUGAAAGAACUGUAUGUGAGGAUGCCACUCAAAUGUGAAAAAGCAAACAGCCUUUUUUGUGAGUACAUCCUAGUGAUGAGUCUCCUUAACUAAUUUGCACUGAAAUGUCACAAUGAAUGGAAAGAGCAGCCUUUGAUUCAAUUUUCUGCAUGUUUUCAAGUCUACAGUGAGACUUCUGUAGACACAAAGAUUAUUGAGACUGAAAAAAUGAAACAUUGUCUCCCAGAUUUGCUGGGUUAAUGUUGAACAUUGCCGUUGCAGUUUGUUACUGAAGUGCCUUAAACACAGCACCAACACUUCUACUAUGUGCAGUGCUCAACUUGUGCAUCUGCAGAUGCCUGGAUUUCGCUGGUUCGAAAGCCCCAUGGUGUGCUAGAUUACUUCAGCACAGAGAAUUGCUACACCUACCUGUGUACGUGAGGCAGGGAGUGUUGCAGGGAGACAUAAAGAUAACAGGAAAGAGAGAGGUCUUAUUUACUUUUACUGCUCUUACAAACACAGCUCAGUGGAGAAUGCUGUGGUUUAUUUGUGGGUGGGAGACACAACACUGAAAUCCCCCACCGUUUUGAAAUGACAAAUGGUUUACCUAUCUGACGCCAAGCGAAAAUUUUUGAGGUUGGAGUCUGAUAUUUUUAAAUGUCAGUCUGACAUCUGCAGGAAAACUGCUACAGGAACCAAAAAAUGACAUGACAUGCUGAUAGUUUACCUCAGAAAUCAAAUCAGCUGCAACUACAUCACUUGUAAGUAAAGCCCAAUAAAUUAUUACUUCAAAGAUUUAUAUUUCAACUUGUAAAUAGAGCUGGAGAUAUAAUCAAUUCAUCAUCCAGCUGCAUCAGGACUUUAAGGACAGGAAUAUGCCUGCACUUGUAAACUCAAUCAUGCAGAAACAAGCCAGUUAUUCCACUUCUUUCCUUCACUAUGCAUUGUCUUGACGGAAUAUUUCCAGUUAUAGUUUAAGGUACUGAAUUUUUCUAAUCGUGAAAUGUGUUUGACAUCAAUCUUUUUACGCAGAUAUCUUUCACCACAGUCUUUUGGACCUUAACUGAGGCAUUGUGCUUUUUUUCCAUUGAUAUUCAUGUAGUGACCAUUUUUGUAUUUCUGAAAACUUUUCAUAUCAGUUGUAUUGUAAAUUAUAUCUAUUUUGUAUCACGCAAACUUUUCAUUUUCAUAAAAGAAAAAAAUGUUUUCUUAAAUGAU